CCACUUCUGUUCUGUCAGGUGUUUAAUCUGAAAAUUCUGUUCUAAACUCUUCUGUCACAGCUAGAGAGAGAUAUAGAGACAGAGAGAGACAGGUGAAAAGAGCUGACAAGAUCAGGAUCUGAAGAAAUCUUGGUGCAACUUAAACCACUCACACACUCUGAAGAUGAAGACGUUCAGUGUUGCAAUUGCAGUGGCCAUCAUGCUCACCUUCAUCUUCCUUCAGGAGAGUUCUGCUGUCCCAGUCACCGGAGAACAAGAGCUGGAAGAAGUGAUGAGCAAUGACAGUCCAGUUGCUGUACAUGAAGAGACAUCUGUGGAAUCAUGGAAGAUGCCGUAUAACAGACAGAAACGUGGCAUUAAGUGUCGCUUUUGCUGUGGCUGCUGCACCCCCGGUAUCUGCGGAGUGUGCUGCAGAUUCUGA